AUGCCCGUCUCUAAGCCUUUCAUCACCCAUGGCUCCGAAUCAGCCGCUUUCUGGCAGAUCGGCAUCCUCUGGCAAAUGAUGGCGACUGGCGCCCUGACCGAUGGAAAGUUGGUCUUGAUCGACCAAGUCCUUCAACUGUCGGGAGCCGGACCUACAACUCACACUCACGUUCAAGACGAGGGCCUCUACGUCGUCGAGGGGAAAGUGACGUUCAACGCAGGGGGCAAAUCGGGAAUUGUCGCCCGCGCUGGCACCUUCGUGGCUGUACCCGGUCUCACCGAACACUCUUUCAAGGUCGAAGAACCCAAUUCUCGACUUCUGAACUUCUACCUCCCCGCCGGUUUUGAGAUGCUCUUGAUGGGGACUGCUCGGCCCGCCGAGCGGCGAGAACCCCCUCCUCCUAACCUCAUUCAGGAGUGGCUUCCGCCGCGAUGGGUGACGUCUAAAUUGAACGACGACUACGGAGUCAGGAACAAGUUUAGUGACCCAUUGGUUGAUCCGCCCAACCCGGAUUACAUGUCAACCGAGCCGACCCCUGGUGCGACCAUCUUUCCAUUUGCGGCCAAUAUCAGUGAUGCCAGGCGGCACAACGUCUUUCAUGGUAACGCGCUCUGGGGCCGUUUGGCGUCGAGCCAAGAGACUGGGGCCAGCUAUUCUUUAUUCGAGUUAAAGCUCCGUAGGGGCGCUCUCCAUGGACCUCGGGUCUUUACCAAAAGGGACGUGAUGGUUUUCGUCCUCUCCGGCAAUAUGUCCUUUUUCUUGAGCGACUGUUCCCAAACAGCCAAGGAAGGGGCCCUUGUGUGGAUUCCCCGGGCGACCGUCCAUAGCAUCCAAACAGACAGCGACACAGCCGCUUGUCUUUACCUGCAGACCCCGGGAGGAUUCGAAACUUACAUUGAUUUCGUCGGUACACCCACAAGCAAGACUAGCCCGCCGUCCCCGGACUUUGAAGAUCGAUCAGUGGCUCAGCGGGGAAAAGAGUAUUUAUAUGAGUCUCUCGGCAUGCAGGACGUUGCUGUCCCGGACCCGUUAAAGCUUUCAGCCUAG